CAGAGGCAGGACCAGCUGAGAGCGGAGAGCCACGCUGGAAUCAUCCCGGGCUGAUGCUCACAAGUCCGGGGUAAGUAUACAGCGUGCUGUUAACAGUCCCACCACGUCUACUCCGUGUGUUUCUCUGCACAGGCCCGGUGCACCCAGGACGCGAUCUUCCCAGAUGUCCUUCACUGCGACGCCGGGACACCACGGACACCACGGACCCUGGGUGCAUCCACAGCGGAGGACGCGAGCUGGGUCCCGGGCGACGACUUCUCCCCCUCCUGCCUUCGAGAUCUCCAUCCAGAACCGCUUCGCUCCCCUCCGCGAGACAGGACGCGACGCUGUGAUCAUCGGAGACUCCAUCGUCCGACACGUAAGUGCUACGUUAGCUGAAGGUAAAGUGCACACUCAUUGUUUGCCUGGUGCUCGUGUUCUCGAUCUUUCUGCGCAGAUACCCGCGAUCCUGAAGGACGACGAGAGCCCCAGAGCGGUCGUGCUUCACGCCGGGGUUAACGACACCACGCUGCGGCAGACAGAGACGCUGAAGAGGGACUUCAGCAGCCUGAUCGAGACGGUUCGCAGCACGACGCCCGCGGCGACGAUCGUCGUGUCAGGACCACUGCCCACGUAUCGACGAGGACACGAAAGGUUCAGUAGACUUUUUGCUUUAAAUGAAUGGUUGUUGUCAUGGUGUAAAGAACAGAAACUGCUAUUUGUUAAUAACUGGAAUCUUUUCUGGGAGCGUCCUAGACUGUUUCGCGCUGAUGGAUUACACCCCAGCAGAGUCGGAGCGGAGCUGCUCUCUGACAACAUCUCCAGGACACUUCGCUCCAUGUGACUACGCCAUAUAUCUGGACAGAUUGAGACCAGCAUCCAGUGUGCUUGCUGUCCUCCCAAGAGCUUCUCUGCAGUCAGACUUCAGUUCUGUUGGACACGUCGUCAACAUGAUGAUCAGGAUUGUGCUUGGAGUCGUUGCAGCCAUUGGAUUCCUCACUCUCAGUGAAGCCCUGACGUGUAAUUCCUGUAAAGUGGGCAUUCUAGGCAAAUGUUUAUUCAGUUCUCAAGUGUCCUGCGCUGCCUCCGAGAACAACUGCUACACUGCCAAAGCAGAGUUCAAUGUGACUGGGUUUUUGAGCCUGUCCUCCAGUGGCUGCACCUCUGAUUGCAACAACACGGCCGGAAGUGUCCUGGGUGCGGGCUACACCGUGACCAAAAGCUGCUGCGCUGUGGAUCUGUGCAACGGAGCGAGUGCUGCGCAGCUGUCUGUGGCUGGAGCACUGCUGGCCUCCGUCUGGAGCAGCUCCUUCCUCUAGAUCUCACACCUCCGUGUCUGUGAUCAGUGUUAGGUUCACACAAACUGAACCGGAAUCAGUGAAGAUAUCAGCUCUAGAAUGUAUAGAUGCCAUAACUUUAAUCGUUUACUCCACUGUGUUUAGCUGUCUAUAUAAAUAAACAUUCAAUUACAAUAUAAAACAUAUUUAAAAUUUCAAAACUUAUAUAUAUAUGUGUGUGUGUGUGUGUGUAUGUGUGUAUAUCUAACCUACAUUUGGAUGCACACUGUGGAAUAAGGUGAUGAUAUUUUUGAGGUGGAACUGAAUAUAUUUCACAGCAGUGACUCUGGGUUAGGUACUGUACUUGCUCUGCUUUUUUAUAUCUUUUAGUAAAUUAUGUCAGUUUGAAUUUUUGGAUGAACUCUACCCUGACUUUAUCGUAUAUUCUAGCACAUUGUAACAUUAGUCUAGAUUAAUAAAUAUGAACUGAAAAAAAAAUUAUUUUCGUUAUGUUUUUGUUUACUAGUGCUGUCAAAUGAUUAAAAGCAUCCAAAACAAAUGUUUUUGUUUACAUAA